GUGCUAAAAGUGGAUGGUGCUUACGUUGCUGUGAAAUUUCCAGGCACCUCCAGUAAUGCAAACUGCCAGAGCAGUUCAAAUUCAGACCCUGAUCCUUCUUCUCUUCUUCAAGACUGUAGGCUGCUCAGAAUAGACGAACUGCAGGUUGUAAAAACUGGUGGAACUCCAAAAGUUCCUGACUGCUUUCAAAGGACACCUAAAAAGCUGUGUAUUCCUGAAAAAACAGAGAUCCUAGCAGUAAAUGUAGAUUCAAAAGGAGUGCAUGCUGUUCUGAAAACUGGGAACUGGGUUCGAUACUGCAUAUUUGACCUUGCCACAGGAAAGGCUGAGCAGGAAAAUAAUUUCCCUACUAGCAGCAUUGCAUUCCUGGGUCAGAAUGAGAGAAGUGUUGCUAUUUUUACAGCUGGACAGGAAUCUCCUAUUAUUCUUAGAGAUGGAAAUGGUACAAUCUAUCCAAUGGCAAAAGAUUGUAUGGGUGGGAUACGAGACCCUGACUGGCUUGAUCUUCCACCUAUUAGUAGUCUUGGAAUGGGUGUUCAUUCCUUAACAAAUCUUCCUGCUAACUCGACCAUCAAAAAGAAAGCUGCUAUUAUCAUUAUGGCUGUUGAGAAGCAAACGUUAAUGCAGCACAUUCUCCGGUGUGACUAUGAGGCUUGUAGACAAUACUUGAUGAAUCUUGAGCAAGCAGUUGUCCUGGAUCAGAAUCCCCAAGUGCUGCAAACGUUCCUUGGCCACAGAUGUGACGGAAACCGCAAUAUUCUGCAUGCUUGUGUGUCUGUAUGCUUUCCAACCAGCAACAAAGAAACGAAAGAGGAAGAGGGACUACCUCAUUCAGUGCACAAGAUGGACGGUGCUCACCGAAUGGAAGCAGAACGCUCUGAAAGGAAUACGUUUGCUGAAAGGCUUUCAGCUGUGGAAGCUAUUGCAAAUGCAAUCUCUGUUGUGUCAAGUAAUGGUCCAGGAAAUCGUGCAGGAUCAUCAAGCAGCAGAAGUUUGAGAUUAAGGGAAAUGAUGCGAAGAUCCUUGAGAGCGGCUGGAUUGGGCAGACAUGAAGCUGGUGCUUCAUCAAGUGAUCAUCAGGACCCAGUUUCUCCGCCAAUAGCUCCUCCCAGCUGGGUUCCAGAUCCUCCUGCAAUGGAUCCAGAUGGUGACAUUGAUUUUAUCCUGGCCCCCGCUGUGGGAUCUCUUACCACAGCAGCGACUGGCACCGGCCAAGGACCUAGCACCUCCACAAUACCAGGUCCUUCUACUGAACCAUCUGUAGUGGAAUCAAAGGAUCGGAAGGCAAAUGCUCAUUUCAUACUGAAAUUACUGUGCGAUAGUGUUGUUUUACAGCCUUAUCUUCGAGAAUUACUAUCAGCCAAGGAUGCAAGAGGCAUGACACCGUUUAUGUCAGCAGUUAGUGGCCGGGCAUAUCCUGCUGCAAUUACAAUUCUAGAAACUGCACAGAAAAUUGCUAAAGCUGAAGCAACUUCAAGUGAAAAAGAAGAUGAUGUGUUUAUGGGAAUGGUUUGUCCUUCUGGUACCAAUCCAGAUGACUCUCCUCUGUAUGUUUUGUGUUGUAAUGAUACGUGCAGUUUUACAUGGACUGGUGCAGAACAUAUUAACCAAGAUAUAUUUGAAUGCCGAACAUGUGGCCUAUUGGAAUCUCUUUGUUGUUGCACAGAAUGUGCAAGAGUCUGUCACAAAGGACAUGACUGCAAGCUCAAACGAACAUCUCCAACAGCCUACUGUGAUUGCUGGGAAAAGUGCAAGUGUAAAACACUAAUUGCUGGACAAAAGUCUGCUCGCCUUGAUCUCCUUUACCGCCUGCUUACAACCACAAAUCUUGUUACCAUGCCAAAUAGCAGGGGAGAACAUCUGCUGCUGUUUUUAGUACAGACAGUUGCCAGGCAAACGGUGGAACACUGCCAGUACAGACCACCUAGAAUUAGGGAAGAUCGUAAUCGUAAAACUGCAAAUCCUGAAGAUUCUGAUAUGCCUGAUCAUGAUUUAGAACCUCCUCGAUUUGCCCAGCUUGCUUUGGAACGUGUUCUGCAAGACUGGAAUGCACUGAAGUCCAUGAUCAUGUUUGGCUCCCAGGAAAAUAAAGACCCUCUUAGUGCAAGUAGUAGGAUAGGUCAUCUUCUGCCUGAAGAACAAGUUUACCUUAAUCAGCAAAGUGGAACUAUUCGCUUGGACUGUUUUACCCACUGCCUUAUUGUCAAGUGUACAGCAGACAUUUUGCUCUUAGAUACUUUGCUGGGUACUCUGGUAAAGGAAUUACAAAACAAGUAUACACCAGGACGCAGAGAAGAAGCUAUUGCUGUUACAAUGAGAUUCCUGCGUUCUGUGGCAAGAGUGUUUGUCAUUCUUAGUGUAGAAAUGGCUUCCUCCAAAAAGAAAAACAACUUUAUUCCACAGCCAAUUGGAAAAUGUAAACGCGUAUUCCAGGCAUUAUUGCCCUAUGCUGUUGAAGAGUUGUGCAAUGUAGCAGAAUCUCUAAUUAUUCCAGUUAGGAUGGGAAUUGCACGUCCUACAGCACCCUUUACUCUUGCUAGCACUAGUAUAGAUGCCAUGCAGGGAAGUGAAGAACUGUUUUCUGUGGAGCCUCUACCACCAAGACCAUCAUCUGACCAGUCUAGCAGUUCUAGUCAAUCUCAGUCAUCUUACAUCAUAAGGAAUCCUCAGCAAAGACGAAUUAGCCAGUCACAGCCAGUUCGUGGCAGGGAUGAAGAGCAAGAUGAUAUCGUUUCAGCAGAUGUAGAAGAGGUUGAGGUGGUCGAGGGAGUGGCUGGUGAAGAAGACCAUCAUGAUGAACAGGAAGAGCAUGGUGAAGAAAAUGCUGAAGCAGAAGGACAACAUGACGAACAUGAUGAAGAUGGCAGCGAUAUGGAGCUGGAUUUGCUGGCUGCUGCUGAAACAGAAAGUGACAGUGAGAGUAACCACAGCAAUCAGGACAAUGCGAGUGGGCGCAGAAGUGUUGUCACCGCAGCGACUGCUGGGUCAGAAGCAGGAGCUAGCAGCGUUCCAGCAUUUUUUUCUGAAGAUGACUCUCAGUCAAAUGACUCCAGUGACUCUGAUAGCAGCAGCAGUCAGAGUGAUGACAUAGAGCAGGAGACCUUCAUGCUCGAUGAGCCUCUGGAACGAACCACAAAUAGCUCACAUGCCAAUGGUGCUGCCCAAGCUCCCCGCUCCAUGCAAUGGGCUGUGCGUAAUACCCAAAACCAGAGAACUACUAGUACUACUCCUUCUAGUACGUCAGCUCCAGCAGCAAGUUCAGCAGGCUUGAUUUACAUUGAUCCAUCAAACCUACGUCGGAGUGGUACCAUCAGUACGAGUGCUGCAGCAGCAGCUGCAGCACUUGAAGCCAGCAAUGCAAGCAGCUAUUUAACAUCUGCAAGCAGUUUAGCGAGAGCAUACAGCAUUGUGAUACGGCAGAUAUCUGAUCUGAUGGGUCUGAUUCCCAAGUACAAUCACUUGGUAUACUCCCAGAUCCCAGCUGCAGUGAAGCUGACUUACCAGGAUGCAGUGAACUUGCAGAAUUACGUAGAAGAAAAGCUUAUUCCUACUUGGAACUGGAUGGUUAGCAUCAUGGACUCUACUGAAGCUCAGCUGCGGUAUGGUUCUGCAUUAGCAUCUGCUGGUGAUCCCGGGCAUCCGAAUCAUCCUCUCCAUGCCUCUCAGAACUCAGCCAGGAGGGAGAGGAUGACAGCCCGUGAGGAAGCAAGCUUAAGAACACUUGAGGGGAGAAGGCGCGCCACUUUGCUCAGUGCCCGUCAGGGAAUGAUGUCGGCCCGUGGUGAUUUCCUGAACUACGCGCUGUCUUUGAUGCGUUCGCACAAUGAUGAGCACUCAGAUGUUCUUCCUGUUCUGGAUGUCUGUUCACUAAAGCACGUAGCAUAUGUUUUUCAAGCCCUUAUUUAUUGGAUUAAAGCAAUGAAUCAACAGACAACGUUGGAUACUCCUCAGCUGGAACGGAAAAGAACUCGGGAACUUUUGGAACUGGGUCUUGACAAUGAAGAUUCAGAACAUGAAAAUGAUGAUGACACCAAUCAAAGUUAG